AUGCUUCAUACGACUUCAUCGAAGAGGCCGGGGCCACUGAAGCUGGAGAAGUAUGAUGCUGCUGUGAAGAUCAAGAUCGUCAAGGAAGUGAGGGCUUUCACUGACUUGGGGCUGAAGGAAGCGAAGGACUUGGUGGAGAAGCCUCCCUGUGUUUUGAAGAAGGGGCUCACUAAGGAGGAGGCUAAGCCCAUCAUGGAGAAGCUUAAGGAGUUGGGUGCUGCUGUUGUGUUGGAUUGAUUCUCAAUUUCACUUUGAUGUUCUGAAUUUUGUGUUAGUUAUAGAAUCAUUGAAACUUGUUUAGGGGUGAUGAAUGAUAAUGAUAAAUUAUAAGUUAUAUGUCUUACCCCCUUCCCUCUUAUUAUGUUUUGUUGGUGGAUUGAUAGUUUUUGUUAUGUGACAUUCUAUAUUUUAAUGGAAGUUUGACACCGGUAACCACUUUUAAUGGGUUAAAAUUGUUUCAGCAUUGGGGAGGUGUGUGGUUCAUCUUUGUGUAGUUGGAAUAAGUGUAUUACUGGGCUUAUUUUCAAACUUGGUUUAUUGUUUUAUUUCUUUUGUCUUUAGCUUGAAUGAUUGAUGAAUAUGUUAUGAAGGGCUUGGACAGUUGGUGAGUGAAGUCAGAAGUGAUUUGGAAAGUUGUUUUUCAAAAUGACCAGAUUUUGCAUUGCGGAAUGGUGUCUAUCAGAUAUUUGAAGAAAUACGCAGUGUCUGUUUGGGUUUAAGUGAUCAUUUUAGCUGAAAUUUGGAGUAUUGAGUAGUGUCAUAUGUUGCAGAAAGCAGUUUUUUAAUUAAUUAAGAAGAAAGAAAAUAUAAAGUAUAUAAAUGAUCAAAACAUGAACUGAGUUUUAAAAUAUCUGUUUAUACUUAUUAUAGAGGACUAUCAUCAUGUCCCUUAAAAUUGUGAGCACAAAUGAGAUAAUUCCUAGUCUUAUAUUC